GCUCAAGCCAUUUUGGCUCAAGUCGAUUUUGAUUCAGGCGAAUUCGGCCCCGCAAAUUCACUGAUCAAGGACCCGCAGCGCUCUCUGGCUGUUCACUCUGCAUCUUCGAGGCUACCAAGCAAUCCAGAAGCACAUGACGCACGAGGAGUUCUUGCAGUACGUUGCUGCUCUGCAGCAGUCACCGCUGCAGCAGCAGUACUUGCAGCAGUACUACGCGCAACAGCCGGCGCAGCGUCCGGCUCAGCUUCCGGCGCAGCGUUAUUACCUGCAGCCGGCGCAGCGCUCGCAGUACUACGUGCAGCAGGCGCCGCCAGCACAGACGACGACGGUGUACUUGCCUGCCGACGCCUUCCCGGGGAUGACGUGCCAGGUGCAAGCGGGGGAUGGCCACCUCGUCAGCUUCGAGGUGCCCGCUGGGUGCGGCCCGGGCAGCGCGGUGCAGGUGAGCUACUGAGCUGUGCGCGGCGGGCUGCUCUCGGAGAGCGCCCGUCCCUGUGCCCCUCCUCUUUCAGUGACUGCGUUGUCACUGAGCUGUUCCGGGCCCUCUGCCUACACGCCCCAGGCGAAGCUGCUCACACAGCAGCGGCUCGUCGACGCGCGCACGGGCAGCAACCGAGGGCAGAAUUCGCCUGCGGACGCAUCGUUCGGACAACAGUCCGCGCCUCUUGCCAGGACCUCUGCUGCAUGGCUGCGCCCCUGCUCCUUGUCGUGUUCCGACCGCCCGACAGAGUGGCGAAUCGGCCAAUGCGGAGCUACCGGCGCAAAUAGCAAAACAACAAAAAGGGCCAUAAGAGGAUAGAACGUUUC